GAUGGCCCCCCAAGGGCAGGCCCUGCGGACACCCCUCCCUCCGGCUGGCGGAUGCAGUGCCUAGCAGCUGCUCUUAAGGACGAAACCAACAUGAGUGGGGGAGGGGAGCAGGCCGACAUCCUGCCGGCCAACUACGUGGUCAAGGAUCGCUGGAAGGUGCUGAAGAAGAUCGGGGGCGGGGGCUUUGGUGAGAUCUACGAGGCCAUGGACUUGCUGACCAGGGAGAACGUGGCCCUCAAGGUGGAGUCAGCCCAGCAGCCCAAGCAGGUCCUCAAGAUGGAGGUGGCAGUGCUCAAGAAGCUGCAAGGGAAAGACCAUGUGUGUAGGUUCAUUGGCUGUGGCAGGAACGAGAAGUUCAACUAUGUAGUGAUGCAGCUGCAGGGCCGGAACCUGGCUGACCUGCGCCGCAGCCAGCCGAGAGGCACCUUCACGCUGAGCACCACACUGCGGCUGGGUAAGCAGAUCUUGGAGUCCAUUGAGGCCAUCCACUCUGUGGGCUUCCUGCACCGGGACAUCAAGCCGUCAAACUUUGCCAUGGGCAGGCUGCCCUCCACCUAUAGGAAGUGCUACAUGUUGGACUUUGGACUGGCCCGACAGUACACCAACACCACAGGGGAUGUACGGCCUCCUCGGAAUGUGGCUGGGUUUCGAGGGACCGUUCGCUAUGCCUCAGUCAAUGCCCACAAGAACCGGGAGAUGGGCCGCCAUGAUGACCUGUGGUCCCUCUUCUACAUGCUGGUGGAGUUUGCAGUGGGCCAGCUGCCAUGGAGGAAGAUCAAGGACAAGGAGCAGGUGGGAAUGAUCAAGGAGAAGUAUGAGCACCGAAUGCUGCUGAAACACAUGCCUUCAGAAUUCCACCUCUUCCUGGACCACAUCGCCAGCCUUGACUACUUCACCAAGCCCGAUUACCAGUUGAUCAUGUCGGUGUUUGAGAACAGCAUGAAGGAGCGGGGCAUCGCUGAGAAUGAGGCCUUUGACUGGGAGAAGGCAGGCACUGACGCCCUCCUGUCCACAAGCACGUCUACUCCACCACAGCAGAACACACGGCAAACGGCAGCCAUGUUUGGGGUGGUCAAUGUAACACCGGUGCCGGGGGACCUUCUCCGGGAGAACACAGAGGACGUGCUGCAAGGCGAGCACCUGAGCGACCAGGAGAAUGCACCCCCAAUCUUGCCUGGGCGGCCCCCCGAAGGACUGGGCUCAGGCCCUCACCUUACACCCCAUCCCGGGGGUCCUGAAGCCGAUGUCUGGGAGGAGACAGAUGUCAACCGGAACAAGCUCCGCAUCAACAUUGGCAAAACCCCCUGUGUAGUGGAGGAGGAGCAGAGCCGAGGUAUGGGGGUUCCAAGCUCCCCUGUGCGUGCUCCCCCAGACUCGCCGACAACCCCAGUCCGUUCUCUGCGCUACCGGAGGGUCAACAGUCCUGAGUCGGAAAGGCUGUCCACUGCAGACGGGCGGGUGGAACUGCAUGAGAGGAGGUCACGGAUGGAUCUACCCGGCUCACCCUCACGCCAGGCCUGCUCCUCGCAGCCGGCCCAGAUGCUGUCAGUGGACACAGGCCAUGCCGACCGGCAGGCCAGUGGUCGCAUGGACGUGUCAGCCUCCGUGGAGCAGGAGGCCCUGAGCAAUGCCUUCCGCUCGGUGCCACUGGCCGAGGAGGAGGACUUCGACAGCAAGGAGUGGGUCAUCAUUGACAAGGAGACAGAGCUCAAGGACUUCCCCCCGGGGGCUGAGCCCAGCACAUCAGGCACCACUGACGAGGAGCCAGAGGAGCUGCGGCCGCUGCCUGAGGAGGCCGAGGAGCGGCGGCGGCUGGGGGCUGAGCCAGCCAUGCGGCCUCGGGGACGCAGCAUGCAGACACUGGCCGAGGAGGACCCUCAGCACAUGUCACCCCAGCCCCCACCGCCUCAGCUGAGCCAGACUGAUGGCCGGUCAGAGACAUCGCAGCCCCCCACGCCCGGCAGCCCUUCUCACUCACCCCUGCACUCGGGACCCCGCCCUCGACGGAGAGAGUCAGAUCCCACGGGCCCACAGAGACAGGUGUUCUCCUUGGCGCCGCCAUUUGAGAUGAACGGUCUCCCACGAGCUGUGCCUCUGAGCCUGCCCUACCAGGACUUCAAGAGAGAUCUCUCUGAUUACCGAGAGAGGGCACGGCUGCUCAACAGGGUCCGGAGGGUGGGCUUCUCGCACAUGUUGCUCACCACCCCCCAGGUCCCGCUGGCUCCCAUUCAGCCUCAGUCUAAUGAGAGGGAGGAAGAGGAGGAGGAGGAGGAGGAGGAAGAAGAAGAGGAGGAAGAGGAGGAAGAAGAAGAGGAAGAGGAGGAAGAGGAAGAAGAAGAAGAAGAAGAGGAGGAAGAGGAGGAGGCAGUGGCCUUGGGGGAGGUGCAAGGACCCCGCAGUGGUUCCAGCAGUGAGGGGAGUGAAAGAAGCACAGACCGGAGCCAGGAGGGUGCCCCGUCCACGCUACUGGCCGACGACCAGAAGGAAUCCAGGGGCCGGGCCUCUAUGGCCGACGGGGACCUGGAGCCUGAAGAGGGCUCCAAAACGCUGGUGCUCGUCUCCCCUGGCGACAUGAAGAAGUCGCCUGUCACUGCCGACCUGGCCCCUGACCCUGACCUGGGCACCCUGGCUGCCCUCACUCCUCAGCAGGAGCGGCCCCAGCCCACUGGCAGCCAGUUGGAUGUGUCUGAGCCAGGCACCCUGUCCUCUGUCCUCAAGUCUGAGUCCAAGCCUCCAGGGCCUGGGGCAGGGCCAGGGGCUGGGGCAGUGACCACAGGGGUAGGGGGAGUGGCAGUCACCUCCUCACCAUUCACCAAAGUCGAGAGAACCUUUGUGCACAUUGCAGAGAAAACCCACCUCAAUGUCAUGUCUUCUGGUGGGCAGGCCUUGAGGCCUGAGGAGCUUGGUACUGGGGGUGAACUUGGCCUGGAGGUACCUUCUGAUGGGGGUGCUGAAGAGGAGGGCGCUCCAGUGCCCCUGGAGAAUGGCAUCGCCCUGUCAGGGCUGGAUGGGGCAGAGACGGAGAGCUGCGCCCUGUCCUGUCCUCCUGGAGACACCCCCUCAGAGGUGGCCACAGACUCACUGCCCAAUGGCCCAGCUCUUGUUGAUGGGCCAGCCCUAGCGUCCCCACUGGAAUCAGGCCCCAAGAAACUGGCCACCAUCUCCCCUAGCUGCCAUACCAUACCAGGGCCUCGUCUGAGAAGUCGUAUCCCUGUCCUGCUGUCUGAGGAGGACACAGGCUCAGAGCCUUCGGGCUCACUGUCGGCCAAAGAGCGGUGGAGCAAGAAGGCCCGGCCGCAGCAGGACCUGGCCCGAUUAGUGAUGGAGAAGAGGCAGGGCCGGCUGCUGCUGCGCCUUGCCUCAGGAGCCUCGUCCUCUUCCAGUGAGGAGCAGUGCCGUGCCUCUGAGACGCUUUCGGGCACAGGCUCUGAGGAGGACACCCCCACCUCUGAGCUUGUGGUGCCCAGCAAAGCUGGGCGGGUGGCAGCCACCCGGAGCCGGAUUCCCCGCCCCAUCAGCAUCCGCAUGCCCACGCCUGCUGCAGCCCAGCAACUCCCCGGCAGACCUCAUGGCGCAGUCCCAACAUCUGACACAGCCAUCACCAGCAGGCUCCAGCUGCAGAAACCCCUAGGGUCGGCCAUUACUGCUGACCUCCGCCCCAAACAGCCUACUGGCCGAGGCCUGAGCACAGGCCGAGCUCGAGCCGGAGCCAAGCCCCCUGGGACCACCCCAGCCCCCCGCAGUCCGGGCUUCCCUGUGGCUGCUCGCAACCCCAGCGUAGCCCAGUCCCCACGGAGCCAGUCCCUGUCCCGCAAAGAGAGCCCCUCACCCUCGCACCAGGCCCGACCCUCAGGUCCCCCGCCCCGGGGAACCCCACAGACCCGGGCCCAGCCUGACAGCACCCCCUCCCCAGGGGGCCCCAAGAAAGGACCCAGAGGAAAACUCCAGACUCAGAGCGCAGUAACCAAAGGCCGGUCGGGGGUCAUGGAGAGCCGAGCCGGGGCCAGAUCAUGA